AUGUGUUGUGGAGAAACUGCAUCAAAAGCUUCAGACAGCCUCUGGGUGCACCCCCUCAGAGCUCUGUUGGCAUUCAGCCUGUGCCACCUCAUUUCUGGAUACUCUGAACACGACAGGGCGCUCGAGCUGAUGUCCAAAUAUCCUCUCAUUGAUGGGCAUAAUGACCUGGCUCUCAAGCUGAGAAUCCUUCACAACAAUAACCUAAGUCAAAUUAAUCUUAAUCAUGUCAGCAAAGUGGCCACAGACAUCUCCCGCCUCCGAGCUGGCCAUGUUCAGGCACAGAUGUUUGCCGUCUAUGUCAUGUGUGGGGCCCAGCAGAAGGAUGCUGUGAGGCUGACUCUGGAACAGAUAGAUGUGGUCCGACGUAUGUGCACCGAGUACCAGGACUUUGAGCUGGUCACUUCAGCUCAAGGGCUUAAAGAUUCAGAGAUGAGGCAUAAGAUAGCCUGUCUGAUAAGCAUUGAAGGAGGCCACUCUAUUGACAGCAGUCUUCCUGCUCUGAGGAUGUUUUACCAGCUUGGAGUCCGCUCCAUGGCCCUCACACACUCCUGCAAUACUCCCUGGGCUGAAUCCUCCUCAAAUCUUUACAAAGUCUUUCUGAAACGGGAAAGCAGCCUGACACAGUUUGGAAAGGAUGUUGUGGAUGAGAUGAACAGACUGGGGAUGAUAGUGGACCUCUCUCACACUUCUUGGGCCACAGCAUCAGCUGUCCUGGGCUAUUCCAAGGCUCCUGUCAUUUUUAGUCACUCCUCCUCCUUCUCUAUUUGUAACCACAGCCGAAACGUACCCGAUGAGCUCCUGCGCAAGCUGAAAAAGAACCAAGGUUUGAUCAUGGUGAAUUUAUACAGCCACUACGUUGCCUGCAGUGAUAAAGCUAAUGUCUCCCAUGUGGCAGACCAUUUUGAUCACAUUAAGCGUGUUAUUGGAGCCGAGUCGAUUGGGAUCGGAGGAGACUUUGAUGGUGGUGAGAGCUUUCCUCGAGGGUUAGAAGAUGUGUCAAAAUAUCCUGCCAUAAUCCAGGAACUCCUGAGAAGAAACUGGACAGAGUCUGAGUUGUUAGGUGUUCUUCGAACAAAUUUCCUCCGGGUGUUUGAAGACGUUGAAAAGGUCCGAGAUCAACGGAUCUUGCAGAAGCCCAGUGAGGCCCACAUCCCCUUAGAACAGGUGCAGAACCCCUGCAGAUUGGUCCUCAGACGUCCAGACUUUCCAUCAAAAGCAGAAGAAAAGUCACUGAGCCUGCUUGUCCUCACCUCUGUUCUGCUGCUUUCCAGCCUUUUCUUGGACUGAUUCAAUAUUUAGUUCUUCCAGCAUUUAUUUUAGCAUUUUAUAAAAUGAAGGAGGCUUGACUUUGUU